GUUAGUGAGGUUAGAUACGUUUGUUUACAAAGUCCCAGGACACAUUGAAAUAUAAUUCAAACAUUUGAUUAUUAAUUUAAAAAGAAAAUUCAUCUUUCCGGUGGCGCAAAUUUUCUAAGGCGGGCCGACAAGAAAUUAAAGAAAAAUGUACAAAUUAGCGGGAAAAUCCGUAGGUGACGUACAGUGAAAAUCAGUUGAAAUGCUGCAUUAAAAGAAACAAGACCUAAAAAGGUCAGUGAUAAAUUUGUUACGUAAUUAAAAAAAUUUUUUUUUUUUUUAAAAUAUAAUGUAAUUGAAUAUUUGCAGGUAGGAUGAAUGACAGAUUGGUCUCCUUAUAAUGGUUGUGACCAAAAGAAACGGGAUGGGACCAAUAAUAGUUGUGGUGUUUACGAUAUUCUUCGUAACGGACCUCUCGCCUAUGUGAAUCUUCAAGAUCCAAAAAAAGUUUGGGAAAAUUUGCGUCGUAAUUUCAGUAAUUGUGACAAAAAUGGAAAUACGACUUGGAUUCAUUACAAGAAGUUAAUGUUCCUGCAGCCAUUUAUUCAACACAAAAGCAUCAACAAAACAUCGAAAAAUUUCGAUGAGGAUACAAUCAGGGAAGAAACAAGUAAUCAGGAUUUGCAGUCUUCUUUACCCGACGAAUCAACAACUUCGCUACAUAUCGAGUCAUCAACACAGACUUCGUCAGCAAAUUCCUGUCCUUCGAUAGAUGUUAAUCCAGCAAUACCGAGUCCUGUGUCUUCAGCCGGAUCAUCUACGUCACAAUAUUUACAUUUCCGUUCUUCUUUACCCGACGAAUCAACAACUUCGCUACAUAUCGAGUCAUCAACACAAUCUUCAUCAGCAAAUUCCUGUCCUUCGAUAGAUGUUAAUCCAGCAAUACCGAGUCCUGUGUCUUCCGCCGGAUCAUCUACGUCACAAUAUUUACAUUUCCGUUCUUCUUUACCCGACGAAUCAACAACUUCGCUACAUAUCGAGUCAUCAACACAGUCUUCAUCAGCAAAUUCCUGUCCUUCGAAAGAUGUUAAUCCAGCAAUACCGAGUCCUUUGCCUUCCGCCGGAUCAUCUACGUCGCAAUAUACUUAUUUUCGUGAAUCGACAUCAAAAUUUCCAUCAGUUUUUGUAGAAGCGCCAUCAGAACGCCGAUUUUCUCGAAUACCCAACCAGUCUUCAUUCACUUUUCUAGCAACUCCUACAAAAUUAACCUCUGUAAGUUUAAAACCAUUUAAGAAUCAAUCUGAAGUUAAACCAACAACAAUUUCUCAAUCUAGAGCUCCAAAAUCACUUGAAAUCGAGAAACCUCAUGCUUUUCAUUCUUCUAUUACCCAUGUCCCAUCACAAAUUGGCGAUACCAUUGAUAACCCAUCGCCGGUAUCAAUUUCUCCACCUAAAGGGCAAAUAUUGCGUUAUCUCGCAGAACCUCAUGUUUUUCACAGAGGUAUUAUCGAAAACCCAUCCCAGGAUAACGACACUUUUGGAAACCUAUUACAUGAACAGAACUUUCAAUCUUCAGACAUUUCAUCUCCUCAAUCCAGAGCUUCAAAAUUACGUAAAAUCGAGAAACCUCGUGUUUUUCAUUCUUCUAUUACCCAUGUCCCAUCAAAAAUUGGCGAUACCAUUGAUAACCCACCGCGGGUAUCAAUUUCUCCACCUGAACGUCCAAUAUUGCGUUAUCUCGCAGAACCUCAUGUUUUUCACAGAGGUAUUAUCGAAAACCCAUCUCAGGAUAACGACACUAUUGGAAACCAAUUGCAUGAACAGAACUUUCAAUCUUCAGACAUUUCAUUUCCUCAAUCCAGAGCUUCAAAAUUACGUAAAAUCGAGAAACCUCGUGUUUUUCAUUCUUCUAUUACCCAUGUCCCAUCACAAAUUGGCGAUACCAUUGAUAACCCACCGCGGGUAUCAAUUUCUCCACCUGAACGUCCAAUAUUGCGUUAUCUCGCAGAACCUCAUGUUUUUCACAGAGGUAUUAUCGAAAACCCAUCUCAGGAUAACGACACUAUUGGAAACCAAUUGCAUGAACAGAACUUUCAAUCUUCAGACAUUUCAUUUCCUCAAUCCAGAGCUUCAAAAUUACGUAAAAUCGAGAAACCUCGUGUUUUUCAUUCUUCUAUUACCCAUGUCCCAUCACAAAUUGGCGAUACCAUUGAUAACCCACCGCGGGUAUCAAUUUCUCCACCUGAACGUCCAAUAUUGCGUUAUCUCGCAGAACCUCAUGUUUUUCACAGAGGUAUUAUCGAAAACCCAUCUCAGGAUAACGACACUAUUGGAAACCAAUUGCAUGAACAGAACUUUCAAUCUUCAGACAUUUCAUUUCCUCAAUCCAGAGCUUCAAAAUUACGUAAAAUCGAGAAACCUCGUGUUUUUCAUUCUUCUAUUACCCAUGUCCCAUCACAAAUUGGCGAUACCAUUGAUAACCCACCGCGGGUAUCAAUUUCUCCACCUGAACGUCCAAUAUUGCGUUAUCUCGCAGAACCUCAUGUUUUUCACAGAGGUAUUAUCGAAAACCCAUCUCAGGAUAACGACACUAUUGGAAACCAAUUGCAUGAACAGAACUUUCAAUCUUCAGACAUUUCAUUUCCUCAAUCCAGAGCUUCAAAAUUACGUAAAAUCGAGAAACCUCGUGUUUUUCAUUCUUCUAUUACCCAUGUCCCAUCACAAAUUGGCGAUACCAUUGAUAACCCACCGCGGGUAUCAAUUUCUCCACCUGAACGUCCAAUAUUGCGUUAUCUCGCAGAACCUCAUGUUUUUCACAGAGGUAUUAUCGAAAACCCAUCUCAGGAUAACGACACUAUUGGAAACCAAUUGCAUGAACAGAACUUUCAAUCUUCAGACAUUUCAUUUUCUCAAUCCAGAACUUCAAAAUCACGUAAUAUCGCGGAACCACUUGUUUAUCGUCAACCUCUUGAUAAUGUCUUAUCACAGAUUGACAAUAUUAACGAUAUAUCAUUACAUGAUAUAAACCCCCGAAUUAUAACCGAAUCAUCUCGACAGAAAAAAAAUCCUAUUCCACCUCCAAAAAAACGACCUGAAAAACAAUUUAAUAAAAAUUCACGGAAAAUGGGAACUACUGUUCCGAGUUUUGACAAGUUCGCGGAAAAAAAAGAGGGAGAGAAUUGAUAAAUUUGAUAAGGUUCAAGAAGAAGUUAUAUCUUUCUGUCAAGAUGCAAGAAAAAUGAAUGAACACGUUACAACUCUUACAAAACUGAAAAUUUUAGAAUCAGAACAACGUUUGAAGCAAAGUUGCGGUCACAUUAAUUCAAAUUUUACAAGGAUUGUAAAACCAAUUCAAAUUCGAGAUAGAUUUCUAGAAAAUAUUAAGUUAGAAUGGGACAAUUUGACAUCAGAAGAACAGGAUGAUAUAUACCCCGAACUUCUUCUAAUUUUGGAAAAAUAUUGUCAUCAAGUAAUCUAAUGUUAAAAAAUUACAUUAAUCUAAACUUUUACUAACUUUAAAAUUCUGUUGAAAACAAUUAUAAGAAAUGUUUACU